GGAGCGCCAGACGACGAAAAAUCGAGCGAGCGAGCCGCGAUCUCGCGCUGCCGCAGCCGCCCGACCAAGCGCUCUGUCAGCGCCGCCAGACGCGCCACGAGGCGAGGACGUUGCCUGUUGGCGAAUACCACGCCGAUGACUCUUUAUCGCCCUCAUUACACGGACCGAUGACAAUGCGCGCCGCCGACCGAUGAUUGAGGGGAAUCCGUGUUUUCGCGCGCGCCGCAGCCUGCCUUCCUAACGUUCGCCUCUUGCGCGACGACCGACGCCGCAUUCUAUUCUUCUUCUUUUUCGUCGCUUGUCAAACCAGUGCCUCGCCGUUAUCAUGAGCUGUGGCGACGACCGCAGCUGACGCCACCGUUUUCGGCCACGCGAGUGACUUGUUCUUUUUCUCUUCUUUCUUUCCGAGGGUGAGCGAAAAUGCAACAGCAGCACGAGCCACGUCACGAGCAACUUGCUGACGACUGUUGCUACCAGCAAUGGGUUAAUCAUCAUCACCAUCCGCAGCCGCAGAUCGUGGCCGCACCCUCACCGAUGCAGCAAAUGGAAGCGUGUCUACAGACGGCAGGCAGUACAUCGAAGAGGUCGCCGUCGCCAAAUCUCACAACGUCGUCGGUCACGGGUAACGACAGCAACAACAAUACUCGCAACGAUGACACCAGUGACGAGGCCCAGACGAAUAAAAGACCGAUCCAUCCAGCUCUCAUCGGCGCAGGAGCAGCUCUUGAAGCCCGACCACUCUGGGAAGAGUUUCAUCAGCUCGGCACCGAGAUGAUCGUUACCAAAGCUGGCCGACGGAUGUUUCCCACUUUUCAAUGUCGAUUAUUCGGCCUAGAACCAAACGCGGAUUACCUCCUUGUGAUGGACUUUGUGCCUUGCGAUGAUAAACGCUACAGAUACGCGUUUCACAGCAGUGCCUGGGUGGUAGCCGGUCGAGCCGACCCGGUAUCGCCACCGAGAAUUCACGUGCAUCCAGACAGUCCGGCGAGCGGUGCCCACUGGAUGAAGCAGCCAGUUUCUUUCGAUAAGCUCAAGCUAACCAACAAUCAACUCGACGAUAAUGGCCACAUAAUCUUGAACUCUAUGCAUCGCUACCAGCCACGCUGUCACGUAGUAGUAGCUCCUUCGCCGCCAGGUUCACUUCCGGAUCCACGCACGGAGAACUUCAAGACCUUCUCGUUUCCGGAGACUCGUUUCACCGCUGUGACGGCAUAUCAAAACCACCGAAUAACGCAACUAAAGAUCGCAAGUAACCCAUUCGCCAAAGGUUUCCGCGACUGCGAACCCGACGACUGCGACAGCUCGCCAACAACGAGUCAGAGCCCCGCGAAGAAGCCAGCGCCGGCCGUCGGCAGUAACGGCGUACCGCCACCCACACUUUCAGCUGCUUACCCAACCAGCAGUGUGUCUUUAAUGCCUGGUCUACCGACGCAGGAACCACAUCAUCAGUUCUAUGCCGCUCCUGCUGCUCACUGGACCUACCAGACUGGGCACAUGGCUGUGCCAGCGCCCCAUUACCCUGGACACCAUCCGCAUCCGAGUGCUCACGCGCCGCCCUUAUACGGGCCGCGAUAGCUAUACGCGUGCUCAGUACUUUUGUUAGACUUUUAUCUUUUGUGCCAGAUAUUAAUUAUGUGUCUGUUGUUUUACGGAAAAAAAACUGCGUGAGUGUCAUCUUAGUCAUUUUUUUUUAUUACCGAUCUAGGCUCGGACAAAAUGCGCGGCAUUCCAGCUUUGACGUAUCGUCAAACUUUAAGCUUCUGAUAUAAUCCGAAAAUUUGCCAAAGACAAUCAUCUAGUGCCUUAAAAUUGAUAAUAUUUUCAUUAAAAAACGAAUUCAAAGAGACUAAAAAUAACGAUGUUAGAGUUGUAACCUAUAGUUUUGUGCUUAAGACUUUUUUACUUAAAAGAUAUACACGAUGUAUUCUCAUGACAAAAUAACAGAGCCAGUGUAAGUGUUAUUUUAGUAUUUAGAAAUUAUAAAAAGUAUUUUUACUGAGAAAGUUCACACGUCUAAAGCUAUAAAUUAAGCACUAAAAGCACUCGAAGUACAGUUAACGAAGUCAUCAAGCCAACCGAGUGCCGGGUUUCACGAUACUUUUGAAUUCGCAUCAAGUGUUCAAUUAUUUAUUUCUAAAUAAUCACGUGCCAUUUGUAACGAAAUAAAUUACAUUUAUAUUAUGAAAACUGGAAGUUAAAAUAUUGCGACGAUAUAUUAUAAUUAAAAUAAUAUAAUUAUCAGAAGCAUAUGUGUAGUCUAAGAAUGGUAACUAUAAUGUUAGCGUGAAUGGUAGUUUUAUGUAUGAUAAUCGGUACGAUGUCAAAAUAAGAAGACACUUGAACGGAUGCCAGCAGUGUCUGAAUUAUCGUAAGGUGCCUUGUUGAAUGCAAUUCUAAAAGUUGGAACUUGAUACGUUGAAAUCUUCUUCUUUUCCGGAGUAAAAAAAUAUUUGUAGCUUAUCUGAAUUGCUUUUGUCGGGCAAAAAGGAAAAGGACGAACGUAAAGAUGGAUCUCUGACGGCAACGCAAGUCGUAAGUAUUUAGUAGACUUGGCCGUAACAAAGUGUCUUUUGUAUAGGGGGCAAAGUGGAUCUAUUUACGUUAAAGACGUAAGUCUCUUCCCAAGUGCCAAACGCGCGCGCCCGAUCGCUCGAGAAAGAAAGGGAGCAUAGCAAAGACAAACGUGCCAUGACAAACCCGCUUCUCUUACCGCUAAGCCCAGUGCGCUAAGUGCCUUAAUAAAUUGUACGCCGGCCCAAGUAUUCGUGCGCCUACGUGCAGCGUAUGCGCGAGAGUAUGUAUAAUAUAGUCGAUAGAGCAUCGCCAGAUACAUUUCUUUUUUCUCUCUUUUCGUCGAUGUUUAAAGGGUGUCUUGUCUUUUUUAAUCAAGAAUUGUCGUAAAUAACGUCAAGAGACCUAUAUCGCGAGCGAGCUUUGAGCUCGCUGUUUGAGAACGAAUGGCUCGAAAAUAGAACAAUAAAUGCAUGUGUCGCGUGUUAUAUAUUUACAGUCUUUGCGUGUAUUCGUACAAGAAAAUAUUGUCAGUUGCAUCGUAAGAUUAGACCAAGUAUUAGCUUUAUUUUAUAUAGUGCAAUUAAUUGUGUCAAA